CCAUCAGUUUAUUGAGAGCAUUUGAGGCGACACUAUAACAUCCAUUUAACAUUUUUUUAAAAUUAAAAACUAUUUUUUUAAAUUUAAAAAAAUUAAAAAAAAUUUUAAACAAUUAAAAAAAAUUUGUAACAAUUUUUAAUUUUUAAUUUUACAAUAAAAUAAUGUAUCCUCAAAAUAUUCCCAAACCAGCAAAUAGAGACGACUAUUCCUCAGAUGGAUCCCCACCUGACAAGCCAAAGUUAAUGGAAGGUGGAAACUAUAUAAAAGAAGGAAGAGACUCGGCAAAAAGUACGUGCCUCAUAUUUUCGCCUAAAGAAGAAGACGAGGUGGGAGCUUUAGGAAGAUAUCUUCAACUCUUCACUAAAUAUGACGUGAAUUUACUUCACAUUGAAUCGAGAAGUUCACUCCGUCAGCCGGAUGGUUAUGAAUUUAUGGUCGAAUGCGCUCCGGGCGGCGAUUUUGGAGGUGUUAUCGAGGAACUUCAAAACCAAUGUGACUAUUUUUCAAUUAUUUCCAGGAAUCAUAGAGAUAAUAUGGGAACAGUGCCUUGGUUUCCCAGGAGAUUUAGAGACCUCGAUAAGUUUGCUAAUCAGAUUUUAACUUAUGGCUCUGAACUUGAUAGUGAUCAUCCAGGAUUUACGGACCCUGUUUAUAGGAAAAGGAGAAAAUAUUUUGCUGAUAUUGCUUAUCAUUACAGAACGGGUCAACCAAUUCCGACGGUUGAAUAUACUCCUGAGGAAAUUGCAACAUGGGGCACUGUGUUCAGGAAAUUGACGGAGCUUUACCCUAAGUAUGCCUGUCGAGAGCACAAUCAUGUUUUCCCUCUCCUUAUCGAAAAUUGUGGCUACAAGGAAGAUAAUAUCCCACAAUUGGAGGAUAUUUCCAACUUCUUAAAAGAUUGCACGGGAUUUACGUUGAGACCAGUUGCCGGUUUGUUGGCUUCUCGUGAUUUCUUGGCGGGAUUAGCAUUUAGGGUGUUCCACAGCACACAAUAUAUAAGGCACGGUAGUAAACCAUUCUACACACCGGAACCAGAUAUUUGUCAUGAAGUUCUGGGUCACGUGCCACUAUUUGCCGAUCCGGCUUUUGCCCAAUUCGCCCAAGUUAUAGGAUUGGCUUCUCUCGGCGCUCCCGAUGAAUAUAUUGAGAAAUUGGCAACUUGUUUUUGGUUCACCGUUGAAUUUGGCCUCUGCCGGCAAAAUGGUGAAUUAAAGGCCUAUGGUGCCGGUUUAUUAUCGUCUUUUGGCGAAUUGGAAUAUUCAUUAAGUGGAAAACCUGAAUUGAGACCUUUUGAACCAGUGAAGACGGCAGUUCAAUCGUAUCCAAUCACUGAAUAUCAACCAAUUUAUUUUGUAGCCGAAGACUUUGAGGACGCGAAGGAAAAAAUGAUAAAAUUCUCGCAAACAAUUCCGCGAAAGUUUGGUGUUCGAUAUGAUCCUUAUACUCAGAGCAUUAGCAUAAUUGAUAGCAAACAUCAAGUGGAGGAUUUGGUUCACAAUGUUGAUCAGGAAGUGCAAAUUUUGUUGGAUGCGCUCCGAAAAUUGAAGAAUUGAUACGAUUCAACGAAUUUAUUCCUAAUGCUCUAAUUCACAUUUUUCCUUAGAACUUUCGAAAAAUGAACUCAAAUUAGAAAAUAAAUAUUGUUAUUGUAGUUUAAGUCUGUUAAUUAUAGAAUUUGUUACUUAAUAUUAUUUUCAAUAAAAUAAUGUUUAAAUAAA